AUGGAGCGGCCGGAGCCCCCGCCCAGCACAGCAGUGGGGCAGGAAGAGCAGGAGCUUCGAGAACGAGCCUUCUUCUCCUGGGCUGAAUUCAGCCGCUUCUUCGAUGCGUGGUGCCAGCAGCGGUUGGCGCUCUUCCUCGUCAAGAGCUCCAUGCGCCUGGCACGCUGCCCCUGGGCCAGUGCGCCCCCGCUCUACAGGCUCAUCGACGUGCUCAAGUACAGCUACGUGCGGCUGGUGUGCAAGGAUGUGCGAGCGCCCAACCGGCCCACCAUGGGGGCCCCCCAACCAGGCUGCCCCGCCUUCAUCAUCGUCAAGCUGAGCCCGCUACGGGACCGCCUCGUGGUGACAGAGUGCCAGCUGACCCACUCGCACCCCGCCUGCCCAGUUGAGUUUGCCUACUACUUCCGGCCGGGCCAUCUGCUGGCCAACGCUUGCCUGCCCGUGCGCACCACCAACAAGAUCUCCAAGCAGUUCAUGGCCCCGGCCGACGUGCGGCGUCUGCUCACCUGCUGCAAGGGUCAAGACCACGGUGUCCUGGAUGCCCUGCACGUGCUGGAGGGGCUCUUCCACACCGACCCCGAGGCCAAGGUGGGGUCUCCGGAGAGCCCGUCCCGCGGCGUGGCCCAGUGCCUCCGCGACCUGGUGGCCAUGCAGUGGACGGACGGCGCCGGGGAGGCGGCGCCCGAGGUGCCCGACGGCGGAGGCUCGGGGCUGGAAGGCGAGCCGGGGCCCGGACCCCUGGUGCAACCAGAGAGGAUGCGGGACCUGGGGACGGGCGACUCGGUUGGGGCGCGGCACGAUGGAAGUCUUUGGAAAGGGACCUCGUUGGAGAAGGAGUGGGUGAGAGGGCUGGAGACUCGAGGGUGGAGAGGGGCGCCGUUAGGAAGUGAGAAGGGGCAGGAGUGGCAACCCAGAGACUGGAGGGGGCUGCCGUUCGAGAACCCCAAGGCAAGAGCCCUGGGCGCGAGCAUCCCCCCGCGGGAGAACGAAUGCGGGAGAGGGUCUGAUAUCAGAUCCUGGAGAGGGGCCCCUGUGGAGGGCGAGAAAGACUGGGGACUGGGAGGUGACUUCUGGAGGGGCGCCCAGCCGGAGGAGCAGGGGCCACGUGGGCUGGAAGGGUAUUCCCGGAGGAUGGCCCAGCAGGAGGAAUGGAAGACCAGGGCGCUGGAGACCACAGAUGCCAGGGGGACCCCGCGUGAGUAUGAGGGGCCCUGGAGUCUACAGGGCAACACCUGGAGGGGGGCCCAGUGGCAAAAUGAAAGGGCCAGCAGUCCGAAGACCAAAGACCGGCCCGGGCCGCGGGUGGCAGAGGAGAAGGCCAGGGGGCUGGAGGCCCAAAGCUGGAGGGGCGACCAUUUGGAAAGGCUUCAGGAGCUGGUGCAUGAGAAUGGAGACGCCGUGGGGCCCCGGUGGGGGCAGGGGAGAGGGUCCGAGGUUGGAGUCGAGAGGGGAGUGCCCCCGAGAGUCAGCAAGGGCCUGGAGGACAUUGUUCUGGUUCAGCUGGGGGACACGGCGUUUCCAGGCCGGGAGAAUGGCCGUGCUGGCCUAGCCCGAUCUGUGGAUCCCAAGAGUGGCAUGGGAGGAGGGGUGGGGUGGAGGGACCCAGCAGAAAGGCGACAAGGGCUGGGGAACGGAGUCCCGUGCAACACUCCUGUAGGGGCUGUGUUCCAGGGGGAACCAGAAUGGGCUACGGCAAGGAACGGAUACCUGCCGGAUGGAGGGGAAAGAGACAACCCACGGAAAUCAAAGAGGCCACUUGGCCCCUCAAGAGAAGAGGGCCCGGACUGGGAGCCCUUGGCCAAGUUCCGAGCAGCCUGUGGGCCAGAGCUGGCCGACCUGGUGGCUGAGGAGCUGGCCUUCGCCAGGCAGCAUGGGACCCGGGGUUUCCACUGGACGGGAACCGGCUUUGCGCUCAAGGAUGGCACCUCAGACUUCCACCUGGACAGAGCCCUGACCCACUGCACUUGCUCCAUCCAUGCCGCCAGGCAUCUGCCCUGCCGCCACCUCUUUGCUGCACGCCUCCUCACCGGGGCAGCCUUAUUCCACGUGGACCUGCUCAGGGAUUGCUGGGGGCGAGCCCCGGAGCCCUGACCCCUCAGGCCCGGGCCCACACCUCAGAGGUGAGGGCAACAGGUCAGGCUUCGAUCCCAAAGAUUAAACACGGUGGAGGCCAAGGAAGCCACGCCAAUCCUUCUGGCCACCUCCUGGGGCAACCAAGGAUCUCUUCUUUGGCACCUUGUCUCUCUGGAUCAGAGGGCAAGCUGACAUCGGCUGAGGAGGUCCUGAUGCUACAGCUUUGGGGGACUGUACAGGCCAGGGUGGAUUCUGGUGGCUUCCAUCGAGCGAGGAAAUGUUGGGUGACAGGUAUAGACGGGGCCAGCCAGGCAAAAGGAGGCAGAAAGAGCCAAGGUAAGGUUGUGUGUGUCUGUGUGUUUAGUAAAGGACACAGGAUUUGGGGAGAGUCAGGGACUGAUUUAAGGUGUAAAGGGGGCAAAGGGCAAAAGACGGGAGA